CUGGCAACAUGACUUGGGAACAUCUCGAACGAGGAAGCUCACCAGUGGAUUGGUGCGAAGGCAACUAUCUCGUGUCGCCAGAUAUUGCGGAAUUUGUUAAUACGGUUAGCAAUGUUCUAUUUCUGCUUGGUCCACCGUUUCUCAUCUACCUGUUUAAAGACUACGGCAAGUUCAUACAACCGGCCAUACAUCUGAUCUGGGUACUGCUGAUAGUGGUCGGCCUUUCGUCGGCCUACUUUCAUGCCACGCUCAGCCUGCUCGGUCAGUUGCUGGAUGAGCUCACCAUACUGUGGGUGUUUAUGGCUACGUUAAGCCUGUUCUGUCCGCGACGUCAUUUUCCCAGAAUUUUCAAACGAUCGAGAAAACGAUUCUGUCUGUCGAUGACGAUAUUUUCCAUCGUGGCAACGGCCCUCUCGUUUUGUCAUCCCGCCAUAAAUGCGUUCGCGCUUAUGUUCCUGGCCAUACCGGCCACCUAUUUACUGUACCAGGAGCUGAAAAUUGUGCAAGAUGAACGAGUGUAUCGGCUCGGUGUGCGUAACACAACUAUCCUGAUCAUGGCCAUCGUUUGCUGGAUUAACGAUCGCAUGUUCUGUGACGCCUGGUCAUCGAUGAACUUUCCGUACCUGCACGGUUUCUGGCACAUUCUCAUCUUCAUCUCCGCCUAUCCAGCUUGCGUACUGUUUGCCUACUUUUUCGUCAACGACGAACGGCCCGAAAGUCGCCCGACGCUAAAAUACUGGCCGCGGAACGAUUUCGAGCUGGGCAUACCGUACGUGUCGAUUAAUUACGACAAAAAGUUUGAUGAUGCUAUUUAG